AUAUUCGGCGUAGUGGUGGCGACUAUAAAACCAUAAGCGACUCAUACGGAUCAUUACAGAGCCGCACGCAUCUGCAGCCAUGAGAACAGCGUUAGUGAUACUGUCGUUGGUGGCAGCCAUAGCGGGCGAGGCGCCCUACCACCUCCCGCGGCCGGGAAUAAACGCACCAGUGUUCAACUACCCUACAGUGCCUGCGCCUGCACCUGCGCCUGCGCCUGUCCCCCUACUACCUGCACCGCAGUUCCAGCCUCAACAGCAGUUCAACCCUAACUCAGGCUACAAUUACCCGGCUCCUCAGCCGCAGUACAUCCAGCCCGCACCCCAGCACCACCCUCACCCACCCCCACCUCCAGCCCACCACCACCAUCACCACCACCACCACCAGGCGCCUGCUCCAGUAUACAUUCCUUCACCGGCUCCUCAGCCCAUACUUCGUCCUCAACCACUACCAGUGUUUCAACCUCAGCCACAACCUAUUUACCAUCAGCCCAGUCCUUCUUAUGGAGUGCCUCAGGCAUUUGCACGAGCACCAGUGCAACAAGCGACCGCGUUACCUGUAUUCGCUCCUCAACCGGCACCACAACCUCAAGCACAAGUAAACUCUAUCAGCCAGGUCUACCAGCCCAUUUCAUACUACCAGCAACAGCAGCAACAACAACAACAACAGUACUCACAGCAAGGCUACAACUACCAGCAGCCUCAGCCACAAUUCCAGCCUCAACCACAAUUCCAGCCACAACCUCUAGCUCUCCAGGCUCAACCACAGCUCCAAAAUUCUGCACCUGUACUCUCCAGCUACCAGGCUGACUCCAACCAGUACAACAUUGCUCAAGAACAAGUACACAGAGACGCUCUGGACUCCGUCGUAGUGAAUCGUGUGCAGAAUAUAAUCAAAGAUGAUGAGCACAGUGUUGCCCGUAAUGCUGGAUACCAGUCCUUAGUGUCGGGAGUGUCUCUCGGACAAGCAAAACCUAGUGUAGAAAUCACUUCCUUUGUCCACACUUCACCUGUAGUGACAAGCUCUGGACAUAGCGCAGAAUUAUCAUCAUCAUCAUCAUCGAGCUCGUCCUUGGCGUCUUCCGCAGUGUCACUUCCUUCAAUAGACUAUGGAGUUCCUUCUGCGCCUGCUGCCAUAAACUCCCAAUCUGCAGAGUCAUCUGCUACAUACAAUUUCUUACCACAGAACAAGCCAGCUAUAUCGUACGGACCACCAAACUAAUUUAGGUUACGUCUAAGUAUUAUUAUACAAAGAGUUUUGUAAAUAGUCGAUUUUUUAAGACCUGUUGUAAAUAAAAUACAAAAUAAACCCUUUAUUAUUUUUA